CCAUCGAGAUGUCAGUCACAAACAACACUUGGUUCAAAGCAAAACACACAAACACCAAACACACAAUACACAGUUUAAGUUAAUUUAUUAAAAAAUAAAUUAGAAAUUAGCGUAAAAUGAUUACCGGCGAAGAGCGGAAAGCACCAAGGCAGAGCACGAUGCUGGCCAUCAUCAAUAGUUCUACUGAAUCAACACAGAGCUUGGAGGACACCUGCGGUUCUGAAAAUUCAAGUUCCCAAGAGACGCUUCAAAAUUUGUCACGGACAUCCCUGCUCCUGCUGGACUACAAACACUUCAGGGCUGCCCGCACCAUCCAACGCAGCUGGCGGAGAUUCUACUAUCGUACCAAGUUCGCCAACAGAACCAAGGCCGCCGUCACCAUACAACGCUGGUGGCGUGGAUUCUCGGUGCGAAACAAUCACUUCAGGUUCGUGGAGAACAUGCUGCAGGGUAGGCUGGAGCGCUACUACAACCAAGCGGCCACCAAGAUCCAGGCCCUGUUCCGCGGCUGGCGGAUACGGCAGACAGUGCACGAUAACGAUCGGCUGCUUCGGAUGCAGAUCUGUGCCGCCGAGGAUCUGCUCAACUGUGUGGCCUUUAAGCUGCACCAUCUGCUGAGAACCCACGCCAUACCCGGGGUGUACUCUCUGAGGAACUCCAACUGCUUGUCCCGUGUAGAGAAACUGCUGGCUAGCCUCCACUUCCGGUUUCACAAUGGCCGUGUAAAGUCACAAAUUCCCGACCAGAAAGCUGAAGAGAACAUCCCAACGAAAUGCAAGUGCCGAUGCAAUGUGCCACAAAGCAAAACCCAGUACUGGAGCCAGUGCAAGGCCCACUGCUACGAUAACCUAAGAAUGUGCAAGGAAAUGGACAGGCACAUGUACAAGAUCAUUGAGAUGUACGAUGCGGCGCAGAAGAAGGCAAAUGCUGCCUUGCAGCAGCAGCGAUGGAAGCACAGAAAAAAUAAGAAACUCCUGGCAAACAUCAAAAAGUCGGCGGAGAAUAACAAGCGCGAUUUCUGUGGCGAUGUCAUUGCCAGCAUGCGACGCUGGAAGUUUCUGGUUCAAAACCAGUUGAAUGUGGACAAGAAUGUGUUUAGAAAUCCCGAGAACCUAGAGAACUUUCUCAUAGAAAUUUCGGAAUUCGCUAAGGAGUACGAUAACUGCUCCUGCUAUUGCCACAUUCCCGUAUUCGAUGAAAUCUACUGCAGAUAGAAACCACAGAAUCUAAGAAUAAUAAAAAACAUUCCAAAGAA